GCCGCACGUGGCUGCGACGCGAUGCCCAAAUCCAAGCGCGACAAGAAAGUUUCCCUAACCAAAACUGCCAAGAAGGGCUUGGAACUGAAACAGAACUUGAUAGAAGAGGUAAGAGCUUGUUCUUUUUGUUUUUCCAGACCCAGUAUUUGGUGUAUAAAGGUGGGUAUAGGGCUGUCAAGGAAACAUACUGUUUUUUUAAAGAAAAAGAAAAAAACUCACCAGGUGCUCUGAUCCAGCCUCCUUUUCCUCCAGCAGCAGCAGCAGCAAUGAAAACUCCCAUAGUGGUGGUUUCCAGCUUUGGUUGAACUCUUGCUGUGCCCUGCACGGCACUGUCUCAUAGGUGAAACAUCCUUGUGAGGUACAUGCUGGGUGGCCUUAGUGCUAUUUUGCUCUCUGAUGACUGAAGCUUACAGAGCUUGGUUCAGUCCACCCAGUGUCAAAAAGCCAGGGGUCACCAGGUGUGGAUACAUGCACCAACCCACUGUCUGCACUGCCUCGGGGCUGCAGGCUGGGCAAGAGCGGGCUCUCCUGCACAACGAUGCCAUCUCCUUGAGACUGUUUCACUGUGGCUGCAGCCAGCAACGUGCGGCCGGCAGGGCCCAUGAGCCGACUCCCCUUAGGAGUAAAUUACAAGGCUGUGUAUGUUUCCACAUAGCAGGAGAGCCUUCCUCCUGUAGCUGAGGUUCUAGGUUGUCAGCAGUUACUGGACAGAGCAAAGAGCACUGGUCCAUUGCACUGCUGGCCAUAGGAAGUCGGACCUGGGAAGAGUGGGAUCUUGACUGGUGGCUCCAUGUCCCCUGCACUUGGCCAGCGUGCCUACUUUGUGUCAGGGCAGCCCCGGUGCUCGGUGACCCUGGCUUCGGUAGCAGAGGUGAGGGGGAGCCGGCCUGCUUAGAGGCUCCAAACGUCCGUGGAUGUGAGAGCCCUAGAGCAGACCUUCCCAUCUGAGGCCAGAGGAUCGCCCAACCCCUGCCGCCCCUUGGACUCCAGAGUCCCAUGAAUUGUCCCGCAGCUGCGGAAAUGUGUAGACACGUACAAGUUUCUCUUCAUCUUCUCCGUGGCCAACAUGAGGAACAGCAAGCUCAAGGACAUCCGCAACGCCUGGAAGCACAGCCGGUGAGCAGGCAGGGCACGGCGGGCCUGCGCGCCGAAGGGACCAGGCUGUUCGCAAGGCACAGGGGCGGUUAGUGACCCUGGGGUACCUGGGUCACCAGUGGCGCCUUAAUAAGGACACGGUGUCACACCCCUGUGUGUGACAGGGUGUGAAGAGCACUUGUUAACUGUUAAAUCUGUUCUUGCACAGGGAUGGGGUGGGUGGACUUGGGAGUUGUUCAAGGACUGUUUGAGCAGUGAGCCCCCCAGGAGAGGGGGCUCCCCUAACCCUGAGGUCUGGUCCCUUAAAGAACACCCCGCCAGCUCUGGCUUAGACCAUUAAAUGGGCCUCUUGCAUACAUCGAGACACACUCAAUGGCCUGAGACAGAUUACUGUGCGUGUCCGGCUCUGUGCAGGAAAAUAACAAGAGGGACAGCAGGCGGGCUGCAUGGAAAAGUGGGAGCCUCUGGGCACACCUCCUGGUACAAAACGGCCUGGCUUGGGCUCCAGAACUGGAGCUGGUUUGCACUUAACUGGGGAGAGGGCAGGACAGCUCUUUCAUGGACCCCUCUUUUUCUCUGUAGGAUGUUUUUUGGCAAAAACAAAGUGAUGAUGGUGGCCUUGGGUCGGAGCCCAUGUGAUGAGUACAGAGACAACCUGCAUCAGGUUAGCAAGAAGUUGAGGGGUGAAGUGGGUCUCCUUUUCACCAACCGCACGAAGGAGGAAGUAAACGAGUGGUUCACGAAAUACGGGGAGAUGGACUACGCCCGAGCAGGGAACAAAGCAACGUUCACCGUGAACCUGGACCCGGGGCCCCUGGAGCAGUUCCCUCACUCCAUGGAGCCUCAGCUGAGGCAGCUGGGCCUGCCCACUACCCUCAAGAAAGGUGUGGUGACCCUGCUGUCAGACUACGAGGUGUGCAAGGAGGGCGACGUGCUAACCCCAGAGCAGGCCCGCAUCCUGAAGCUCUUUGGGUAUGAAAUGGCCGAAUUCAAGGUGACCAUCAGGUACAUGUGGGAUGCGCAGUCUGGGAGGUUCCAAGAGAUGGGCGACGACUUGCCAGAGAGCGCGCCAGAGUCGGAGGAGGAGUCAGAGGAAGACGACGACGACGACAGCUGAUGGGCGCCUGGGACCGCCCCGCCCAUCCCAGGUCUCAGCCUGACGGGACCACGUGGGACUGCCGCUUCCUCUAGAGGGAGCAGCGUUUGUUCUGUGGAUGAAGACGCAGGAGGGUGACAGGGACAGGCUCUCUUGAUAAAUAAUAAAAGCUUUUUGGCAGGGUGUCUCCCUGUAGACAGCAAGAGGGACUUCGCUUGGGAAGAAAGCCUCCGGACUUGUUUGGACUCCCAGGAUUUUGUUCACAUCAAGCCAGUUUCCAGCACUGGCUCCUGUGUGACCAGGCUUCUCUGGCCCUUGGUGCCCCUGGCUUGACACUGGGAUUUGCAGAGGAAAGCAGGUGCCUGGCCACCGCCCCUCUUCCUACCCCUUCUCCCACCCCCUCCCUCCCAGACCAGGGCCGAGGAGGAUCUCGGCAAUGACCAGAAUAAAGCCACUGCUGAAACCCAGCAGACAGAAAUG